UUUGAUGGGAGCCGAGUGGUCCCUCCCCACAACCAGAGUGUGCGUCUGGCUGAAGAGUUACCUUCGGAAGGCUUUCAGAUUGCACUGAAACAUCUCCAAGGAGGUUCCAUUGGACAGCGCCCGCUGGAGGGGCUCCAGUGGGCCCGGUUUCAGCUGCGAGUCUCCCUGUUUGAUGUCAGCCACCGACACUUUUUCGGGAGGACGUGGAAGAGCCUGUUGCAGCAGCAGCAGCAGCAGCAGCAGCAACAGCAGCCGAGGACUGGCUCGGGGCAAGCCAGCAGGGUGCCUUUUAAUGAGGUGCUGUACUUCCACACACCCCUCAGGCAUCCUGGUGUGGUGGCGGUGGUGGAGCUGGUUUCCGUGGCUCAGACACCAGAUGGCUCCCAGAGUGCACUGGGGUGCGGUUUUGGCAUCCUGCGCCUCUUCUCCAGCUCGUCCAGUCCAGGGGAGCCAGAUGCAGGCCAAGGAGAGAGAAGACUGAGUCUUUAUCAUGGAAGCCCCAGAGCACUGCUGUACCAGACACUGCAGGAACCCUUCGAGCAGAGCAAGCUCCUGACGCUGAUCGAGGGAGCUCACCUGCAGUACUCGCUGAGGCCACACCCUGCCCUGGAGAGCGUCAUGCACCUCCUCCCCCCCUACACGCUGGUGUCUGGAGCGGAGACCGUCCCGGGGAUCGAGCCCCCCUCCGGGGACGCAGCGGACUGUCUCCGGAAGCCCCGCCUGCUGAAGAGGUCCACCUGCUACCUGGACAAGCUGUCCCUCACCCUGUACCCCUCCCUGGAGAAGUUUGAGGAGGAGCUACUGCAGCAGCUGAACGCGGACCACCUAAGCCGGAAAAGCUGGCCUCCGGACGGAAACUCCGUGGUGAUCCAGGAGCGCAGACUGCAUGUGGGGGUGCACAGUGGCUGGGGGUUUCUGGAGAGGCCCCAGGUGGUGGUGCUGGAGCCAGAGACGGAGGGGGCCCGGGGGCGGAGGAGCAGCUUCCGACAGGGCUCCCCCAGCAGGCUCAGCUCUUCCAGCCCCCAGGUCCUGGCCCUGCGCAGCCGCCUGCAGCUGAAGGAGAUGGCCGCCCACCCGGCCUUCGGCAUCGUCUUCCAGCUGGAGUACGUCUUCUCGGCUCCCGUCAGCGCCGACGCCAAGGUGACUCUGGGCUCCUCCUUCCCCAGGACAGCCUUCAUGCAGAGCCUGCGCUGGGCGGUGUGGUGCCCGUUCCAGGAGCCUCGCACCGGGGCCGUAGACGUGUCGCUUCCCCUGCAGGGCGGCGACGUCCAGGGCCCCACCGGGGUCAUGGUGUACACCGCCCCGCCCCCCGACCGAAACUCCACUGAGGUGAAGGACCUGGAGAGAGGUACGGUGAAGUUCCAGUUUUCUACGCGUGCCGAAGGCCUACCCCCCAGCCCGACGCGGUCUCUGAGGGGCAGGCAGGAGGAGUCAUCCCGGCACAGGAAGCCCCCCUCCCCGUCCAGAGGUGCCCCUGAGACCGUGCCCCGGGCGUCGCCUCCUCCGUCUCCGCAGGGCCCGGGGCUGUCCAUAUCUCAGCUCGCCGCGUCUCCACGUUACCCGACCAUCAGCCACUCCGCAUCAUCGCCCUGGCAACAGCAGUUUCCCUCUCAGCUCCACCCCUCCCCUCUAGUAUCGGCCUACCAGCUGUCACACAUUGAGCUGCCGCGAGCCAGCAGCAUCGCGCACCUGGAGGUGGGCCUGGCGGGAGGGGGGUCGGAGCCGCCGCCCGCGGAGCAGCUGCAGGCCCUGCCGUUCGCCCCCGUGCACGCGCCCGUCACCACCCUGGGAACGCAGACGCCGGGAGCUACCUCCUCGCUGUCCCGGAGCUCGAUGGCCCACCUCUUCUCCGCUGGCUUCCCAGAAAUCCUGGACCUCAGUGGCCAGGUGGCGGAGGUCCUGGACCCGAGUGAGCCGGUGAACUUUAACCCCCAGCGAGAGGAGGCCGAUCCCCUGCAGUGUAAUGAGCUGGUCCUGCAGUUCUUGGCCUUUUCCAGGAUUCCCCAGGACGGCGUGAAUGAGGAUUGGCCGGAAUCCGUGUACUUCACGUUCCAGCUUUACCGCUUCCCUCCCGUGACGACCCACCGGAUGGCGCUGCUCAGCACGGGCAAGCCGGAGAAGAAAUCCCGGGAAAAGCGCCCCUGCGUCCUCGCCCUCCUCAACAAAGACGGGACUGUGGAGUCCGGGUGUCCCGGCCUGCAGCUGAAGUACCUGGUGGACCCCGGCUCCCUGAAACCUGGGGAGCAGCGCUGGUUCCUGCGCUACCUGGCCCUGCACACCCUGCAGAUAGACGUGUGGGACAGCCACUCUCUCCUGCUGGUGGGGUCCGCCGCUGUGGAGCUCAAGCACUUGCUGCGGCAGGGCCGGCCUGCGGUGCAGAUCGCCCAGGAGCUGGAGGUCAUCACCACAGAGUACCUCCAGGACGCCACGCUCGUGUGCGGGGACCUCCCCGGCCGCAGCCCCGCGUCCGUCAGCGCGUUCACCGCCGUCAAAGGGAGGCUCCACCUGCGCCUGGGCAACGUCGGACACCCUGCGGAUGUGAGUGUGCAGAGGCCCGCGGCCCUGCCCCCGGCCCGGUCCCGCGUGAUCGUGGCGCACGACGGCACCGGCCGGUUCGGUGGCGGCAGCAUCGACGACAAGAGCGUGUCCAGCCUGAACGCGAGGAACGCGUCGCGGGCGCGCCGUCUGGCGGAGACGGACGGGGAGCUGGCCUCUCUGCUGCAGGGCCGGGCGAGGGAGGCGUGCGCGGCCGCGGGCAGGGCGCCGCGGGAGAGCGAGGAGACGCGCCGGCGGAAGCAGGAGAGGAUGGCGGCCGUGCGCCAGCGCGAGGACCAGGGCCCCGGCGCCGGCCCCACCAAGCCCAGCCUCACGCCCCGGCGGGAGGAGCGACUGCAGCACCUCCGUGACCUGCAGGUGAUCGAGGCGUACCGCGAGCGCAGCAAGGCCGAGAGCAUCGCCCGCAUGCUGGCCCAGACCAUCACCACCCAGCACACGCUCUACGCCACGCUGGGCACCGCCGAGUUCGUCGAGUUCGUCCUGAAGAACCCCUUCAACGUGCAGCAGACGGUCACCAUCGAGAGCGACGACCCGGAGCUCAGUGUGAUAGUCAACUACGGAGAGUGGAGACACUUCAAGAGCCUGACCAAAACCCUGACUCCUCUGGAGGAGGACAUGUUCCACCUGAGAGAGAACGGGCUGGCCCCCCAGGUGUACCUGCGGCCCAAGGAGAGCGUUUACAUCCCUCUGAAGUACCAAACCUUCACCUCCGAGCCCGCUGCGGUCGCCCAGGGGCCAGCCAAUAUGAGCAGUGGGAGGAAUGUGAACACGGCUCAAAAGCAUCAAUCCAACACAGUCCAGGCCAAGACCAUCAAAGUCACCUUCAGGGCCGAGGACGGCAAGCCGCUUGCGAUCUGCCAGGUGGGCGUGGAGCCCACGCCGCACGUCAUCGAUCAGACGUUUCGAUUCUACCACCCCGAGCUCACGUUCCUGAAGAAGGCCAUCCGCCUGCCCCCAUGGGGCGCCCUGCCAGGGGGGCCAGCCGGGGGGUCCGACGUGCCCCCUCACAUUCACGUACGCUGCAGCGACCCCAACGUCAUUUGUGACACCAGGAGUAUGGCUCCAGGAGAACCUCAGGACGUGUUUCUGAAGGUAGCGGGCGGCCCCAGUCCGCAGAUAAAGAAGUUCUUCGUCAUGGUGUUCACAGACGAGUGGCUGGCGGAGCCGGCGCAGGUGUGGCAGGUGUACGUCCACUUCCUGCAGCGCGUGGACCUGAGCUGCGUCACGGGUCAGCUGACCUGGCAGUCCCUGGUGCUGAGAGGCUCACAGGCCCUCCGAAAAGUCAAGUGUCACACCUCCCACCCGGGAGAGAUCCAGAUCGACCCUCCGGGGGUGUUCGCUCUGCCCCCGAACUCCGUGCAGGACCUCCAGGUGGGCGUGCGGCCCAGGAAGGCCUGCAGCAAGUUCGCCUACCUGAACGUGGUGGACGUGGAGUACCACCAACUGCUGGCCUCCUGGCUGCUCUGCGUGGCCUGUCGGCAGCCACUCAUAUCCAAGGCAUUUGAAAUAUCUCUUCCGGUGGGAGGCGGACGGGGAAGCAACAAGAAAAUCAGCUACACCAAUCCCUACCCCGGCAGCCGGGUGUUCCUGCUGAGCUCAGACCAUCCCGACCUGCUGCAGUUCAAGGAGAACUCCUUCCAAAUCGAGGGUGGGGAGACCUACACCAUCAGCCUACGCUUUGCCCCGAGCCAGUGUGCUGGGACAGACGAGAUCCUGGUCUACAUUAAUAACCACGAGGACAAGAACGAGGAAACCUUCUGCAUCAAGGUCCAGUACCAGUGACCGGCGGGGCCCUGGGACCAGCGGCCGGACAGGGACCUGAGAUGGAUCGGUACCGCGGAGGGUGCAGGGCCAGACCACACGUUCUGGCAGCCCACUGAAGGUCACUGCAGAACGGACACCACAGUUACACUAAAGACACUUCCAAUGCCUCACAGAGCGGGGCUUUUUAUCGUGAGGGCUUGCACUAAAUGAAAAAAAUAACAAGUAUGUUAGUCUUAUAUUGAGACUUAAAAUCCUAUUUCUUUAAAUUUUUGUUGUUGAAAUUGUUGCCAAUCACUUCAGGGAGUUUUUUUCUCAUUUCAAGAAUUGCCAAUGGAAUAAGAACAUUUCACAUUGUCAAGCAGACAUUAACUUAAAUCAAGCUAAACAAACCAAAAAAUAAGAUAAGUCUUAUUACAACACUUAAAAUGCUUGUUAAGAUGGUCAUUUUUUGCAGUGUGAGUGAAAACGACACAUCUACUAAUUAGGCAUCGUCAUUUCUUCUGUUCCAUAUUGUCAAUUGAUACUUGACCAGUUGCAAUUUUAGAUGUCUGCAGUGGAACUACUUUCAGCAUGUCUGUAAGUAGCUAUAUGAAAGUACAUACAGCUUAUGCAUUCCAAGAGGUUUGAAAACAGCUACACGACCAGUUCGUUGCGUGGCACAGCUACUGAGUAAGCUACACUUGCAAUAGUUGCCAUACGUGCCUUCACACCACUCA